AUGUUGAAAUAUGUUGGAUUGGCCGUUGUGAAUAAUCAGCUGAUAGCAAUCGGUGGUUUUGAUGGAGCUACGUAUUUAAAAACUGUCGAACUUUACGACCCCGAAGCAAAUUGUUGGCUUCUUCGUGGCAGCAUGAAUUCACGUCGACUGGGCGGAGGAGUAGGUGUAGUUCGUUUGGCCAACGCGACGUGGAAUCUGGGUUUAAACAGUUCGUCUAUUGGAUUACGCGAUGACCUUCCCGGUGACCUCACCCCGAAGCCAAGCGGAUCCGGUGGAAUGAAUGCACCCCCUCCGCCACCACCACCACCGCCUGGUCUCACGGGCUCCACAUCCACAGCUGUUCUGAUGAUGACCCAAUCUGCAUCCGCCUCAUCCGGGUCCACUGCUACAGGUACCAUAGGUGCUAGUAUGACUAAUUCUGUGAUCGGACCGGGCAUCUCUGGGAGUGCGGUCAACGCAACUACGUCUAUCGGGAACAAUUCAGGUCCGUCUAAUUCUGGCCCGAGUCUAACAAGCGGAGCUGGAUCAAACGGGGCAUUUCUCUUUUGA